AUGUACAGAUGUUUCAAGACUUCAUCGACAGAGGAGGAACGUAAGUAUCCCGGUCUGGACCUUGACGUCACGAAAUUUGCGGAUUGGACGGAAGAGGAAAUGAUUCAGUACCUGUCCGGAAAUCUUCGAGAACUACGAUUCGAUGGGCCGCGGUUUGAAGGAACCCCACAGCGGGAUGGUUUCAAAAGACCGGCCGAGGUAGAUUGGGCAAAAGCCGGAAAACUCACGCCGGUUAAGGACCAAGGGCAAUGCGGUUCGUGUUGGGCAUUUGCUACGGUGGCGUCCGUUGAAGCCGCAAACGCUAUAAAAACCGGCAACCUGACAAGGCUCAGCGAACAGGAGAUGGUCGACUGUGACACGCAGAACAAUGGUUGUCAAGGUGGAUAUCGGCCGUAUGCGAUGAGAUUUGUGCAGCAGAAGGGCCUGAUGAAGGAAGAGCAGUACCCUUACGUAGGAACCCAUCAAAACACCUGUCUUCUUAAACCGGAUACGGUACGAGCGCCAAAAAGGGAUGUUCAGGAGCGGGUUUUCAUACAAAGCCAUCGUAUGCUCUCAGCUAACGAAGAGGUGAUUGCCGAUUGGAUUGCAUCCAACGGUCCCGUCACAUUCGGUCAGUUCCUUACAGUCAUGAACGUGCGAAGACUCCAUGUACAGCUACCGAAGCGGUAUCUUUGCCCCUACAAAGACAGAUUGCGAGAGAAUGGUCAACCAUUCUGGCUUGUAAAGAACUCAUGGGGUACACGAUGGGGACAAGCUGGAUAUUUCAAGUUGGCCCGUGGCCAAAACGCUUGCGGUGCUGCAAAUUCGGUAGUGGGUCCAGUUAUGUGA